GAGUGCGCUCCUUUUGUUGCAAUGUUAAUGUAUUUUAUCCCGGAAAUCUUAUUCUGGUUGGAUUCUGCUGAAAGUAACCUUACAAAGUGACAUAUGUCAGUAAUAGAGUCCAAGUGCAUAUGAGUAUCUGACCGAGUACCUACCUAACCACUACGCUGAGUAUCGCUUGCAUCAUAAGCCCAUCCUAUCCGAUAGAUUCCAUAUGAAAAUGCAAGGUAAUCCAUUGACAAUUGGCAUGGCUGUGAUGCUGUGCUACACUCUGCCUUCCACUCCGCCUCGUUAGGCUGAAUACUUUUUCCUUGCGUUUUAUUCAACCCAUUUCCUACCUAAAAUUUCCAAUCCAUUUAGAUAUUCAAUAAUUACCGUGCCUCGGCCGGAGCUCGACUAGCAACAAAACUCCCGAGUUCCUUAGGUCUUAUUCGAUACGAUGAACGAGCCGGAGGAGCAAUAUUGGCGCGGGGCUGUUCCUGAGACUGGACUAACAGUCCUCUUUGAACCUACCCAACCGUCCCUCGACAUCGUGUUUAUCCAUGGAUUUACUGGCCACCCUGAGCGCACAUGGACCUCCAAGAAAGGGAAUGCCAAACCCCGCGACGACGGCACAGCUGACGAGUAUGUCGAGCCUCCUCCAAAAAUUCGAAAACUCAAUCCCUUCUCGAGCUCCCGCCACGCUAAGAGGAACACCCUCCCUGCUGUCUAUUGGCCACGAGACUUGGUUCCAAAGACAAUCCCGAAUGCGCGUGUCUUGACAUACGGCUACGAUACCCACAUCAGACACCGUACUGGACCUCCUGUGAGCAGAAACACGGUCUACGAUAUCGCGGGGGAUCUUCUAGUUGCCCUAGAGUCUAAACGUCGAGUAGAGCCGCAGAGACCAGUGUUAUUUGUAGUGCAUAGCCUCGGAGGGAUCGUCGUUAAGGAGAUGCUUCGGCGAUCGAAAGGUUACCAUAUGUUUCAGACUCACCUUCGCAACAUAUUCAAGUCCACAAUCGGUGUCAUGUUUUUCGGCACUCCACACGCCGGCGCUGACCCCCGCGGAUUUCUCCAGCAUAUUGCCGAGAAUAUAUUCAAAGCCGUCGGGUUUUCUGUAAACCAGCAAAUUGUCGACACCCUCUUGCCGUCUGCGGAACGGCUUAAGGAACUCAGAGACGAAUUUGGAACCAUGGCUCAAGAGCGAAAUUGGAUCAUACACUCCUUUCAAGAACAGUUUGGCGUCCAGAGUCUCGGUGGCCGGAAGGUUGUAGAGGAUAUGUCAUCUUACCUUAAUGUUCCAGCCAUUGAGAUAACCGAGCAUAUUGGGCAAAACCAUAUGGAAAUGUGUCGUUUCAGGGGAUUGGACGACAUUGAGUACGAGAAGGUUUCCGCCGCACUCCAGAGGAUGACAGAUACAGUACCCAAGAAGCCUACAAGAGAUAUGAGGCUGUCGCUAAGUGAAGCGCAGAAACAGGUGCUACUGGACUCAUUGAGAUUUGACCAAAUCGAUGCUCGCCAAAUGACUAUCAAGAGUGCACACGCCAAGACAUGCAAAUGGUUGCUGAAAAAGUCCGAAUAUAUCGAUUGGCUUGAUCUUAGCAAGCUCGGUGAACAUCACGGCUUUUUGUGGAUCAAAGGGAAACCUGGUGCCGGAAAGUCAACGUUGAUGAAGUUCAUAUUUGCUAACGCCCGGAGAAAAAUGAAAGACAAAAUCAUCAUCUCUUUCUUCUUUAACGCGCGAGGAGAUUGUCUGGAAAAGUCUACAACUGGGAUGUAUCGGUCACUGUUAUUGCAGCUUCUUGAACCGUUUCCAGGACUUCGGGACGUCUUUGAUUCUCUUGGGUUAGCAACGUGGAACGGCGGACGCCACGAAUGGAGUGUCGAGGCACUAAAAACACUCUUCGAACAAGCCGUGCAGGGUCUCGCAGAGUCCUCUCUGGUGUGUUUCAUCGAUGCACUAGACGAAUGUGACGAACAUCAGAUCCGGGACAUGGUCACCUUCUUCGAGCACGUGGGCGAACUGGCCAUGUCAACUGGUAUUAGACUCCAAGUGUGCUUUUCAAGCAGGCACUAUCCUUAUAUCACAAUCAGAAAAGGACUCAGCCUAGUUCUCGAAGGACAAGAAGGGCAUAGCCAGGAUAUAGCCAACUAUCUAGACAGUGAGCUGAAGAUUGGACACAGUAAGCUUGCUGAACAGAUUCGCACGGAUCUCAAAGAAAAGGCAGCAGGGGUCUUCAUGUGGGUUGUCCUAGUGGUCCAGAUCCUGAACAAGGAACAUGACAGUGGCCGUAUCCAUGGGCUUCGAAGAAGACUCCAGGACAUCCCUGGGGACCUGCACGAGCUGUUUCGUGAUAUUUUGACACGCGAUCGCCACAACAAAGGCGAAUUACUACUGUGCAUUCAGUGGGUCCUCUUCGCAAAGCAACCGUUAAAGCCGGAGCAGUUAUACUAUGCUAUCCUUUCUGGUAUCGAAUCUGAAGCUUUGUCUGCGUGGGAUCACGACGAGAUUACAGCAGAUGAUAUCCAGAGGUUUGUACUCAAUUCCUCUAAAGGGCUGGCCGAAACCACCAAGUCCGAGACUCCGACGGUUCAAUUCAUUCACGAGUCAGUGAGGGAUUUUCUAUUUAAAGAAAAUGAGUUGAAGGAAAUUUGGUCUGACCUCGGAGGACAGUUCCGAGGAAGAAGCCACGAGCGAUUAAAGCAGUGUUGUCUCAAUUACAUGAGCAUCGACAUCUCUAGCUAUGUGGACAUCAACGAUUCACUUCCGAAAGCAUCAUCCCAACAAGCUGCGCGUCUCCGUCAAUCAGUGGAUAAAGCAUUUCCGUUCUUAGAGUAUGCCACACGAAACGUUCUCCAUCACGCAGAUGCAGCAGAAGGGAGCGGGGUCAGCCAGACUGAUUUUCUUCAGACAUUCCAUGUUGCUGACUGGGUUAAGCUCGACAACCUAUUUGAAAGAAAUCAAAUACGCCGACACACUCCAACUGCGAGUCUUUUAUAUAUACUGGCGGAGCAUAAUAUGGAAAAUCUCCUCAGAAGUCACCCUUCCAAACUAGCCUGCUUUAAAAUAGAAGAUGAACGUUACGGAACACCAAUUUUUGCAGCGCUGGCUACCAACAGUAGUGAAGCCGUCCAGGUGUUUUUACAAGCCCAGGCGGACACUUUGCCCCCAACGUCCCCAUUUCACGACUUGUGUGAGCGGUAUGACCAGGAGGGGCACGAACGAAUCGGCUUUGGACGCGACUUCAUUUUUUCACGACGAAAAAGUAUCCUUGCUCAUCUCAUAGAGCAUUACGAUGAGGCACUACCCCUUGCUUUCCUCCUCAGUUCAAUCGAGCUCGACACCAAGUUGAGGAAUAGCUACGACCAAACGCUAUCAUGGGCUGCCGCGAACGGGCACGAGGCAGUAGUCAAGCUAUUACUCGAAAAAGGCGCCGACAUCGAGUUUAAAGAUUGCCUUGGCCAAACACCGUUAUCAUGGGCUGCCGAGAAAGGGCGGGAGGCAGUAGUCAAGCUAUUACUCGAAAAAGGCGCCGACAUCGAGUCUAAAGAUAACAGUGGCAAAACACCGCUAUCAUGGGCUGCCAAAUUCGAUAACGAAGCAGUAGUUAAGCUUUUACUCGAAAAAGGUGCUGAUUUCGAGUCUAAAGAUCACAAUGGCUAGACACCGUUGUCACGGGCUGUGAAAGAGUUGAAAACUGUACCUUACUGGAAAAGAAGUGAGUACGAGAUGGUGGUAGAGUUACUUAAAUCUACCUCUGCCAAAUCAAAUUAAAAUAUCGGCAUUGUCGGGUAUAUGUAAAGUGCUUGAAUGCACAUUAAAUAAUUCAAUGUGCGUUCGAACCAGAAGACAGCCAGUUCGGCCGAGGGCAUAUAAGUGAUUGAUUAUGAGGAAUUAAUGUACUGCCGUCUUGAGGGGACGAACUUAGCGAUAUGCAGAAUGAACCCGUAAUGGGAAUAUAUCAGCUCAUAAUGGAUACCCAGUGCUGGUGAUGGUUUACUUGGGAGGCUCUAGUUGUAAUGGCUAGGUAUAAGGAGGUUCUUAACCCUGAGUAUUUUAAUAAUGAGUCCGUGGCACUCAUAUUUCUCGGCGGUUUGUGUUUAGAUGCGGACCUACGGCCGUAUUGUCAUCGGAGCAUCGGGCUGAGACGGUAUUGAAUUAGCCCGAUCGACAACUGAAGAAGUAAUACAUGGGCUCUGGAAUAUGAGUAAUAAUGUAGAGUUCGAAAUAGAACAGCUUAAUGGAACAGGAGG